AUGAGCUUUAUAUCAAUGACAAUGGUCUUUAAAAGGUCGCCUGCGCCUCUACUCCUGAAGGCCGACUCCCUAUUCCAUCUGCUUCAGAAGACUGACUCUCUUUUCCGUCUGCCUCAGAAGAUCGACUUCCUAUUCCGUCUGCCUCAGAAGAGCGACUCCCUAUUCCGUCUUCCUCAAAAGACCGACUCUCUAUUCCGUCUACCUCAGAAGAUCGACUUCCUAUUCCGUCUGCCUCAGAAGAGCGACUCCCUAUUCCGUCUUCCUCAAAAGACCGACUCUCUAUUCCGUCUGCCACAGAAGAUCGACUUCCUAUUCCGUCUGCCUCAGAAGACCGACUCUCUAUUCCGUCUGCCUCAGAAGAUCGACUUCCUAUUCCGUCUGCCUCAGAAGACCGACUCUCUAUUCCGUCUGCCUCAGAAGAGCGACUCCCUAUUCCGCCUGCCUCAGAAGACCGACUCCCUAUUCCGUCUGCCUCAGAAGACAUUUUAA